UCUGCUUGUCAUCCUUUUCAGUGUGUUUACACUUCCCCCUGCCUGCGGUUGCUUUAUCAGAGCAGUGGGUUCACACUUCACCCUGGGUAUAAAGCAACUGAGUGAGCUCCUCUCUCACACACAGGCACGCACACACCAAAUAUGCUCAGAAUGACACGGACCAGCACAGCGUUUGGCAUUUUACUCUUUUUUCUUCUUCACACCACUUCUGGAGAAAGUGGUUCUACCUCAGAAGAUGAGUCUGAUGAUGAAUUAGAGAACAUUGAUGUUGAGUGUUUCAGCCAGCUGGAAAUUAAGGAAGACGGUCACUCCCUAACAUGCAACUUUACGGAGUUGGACCUUAACAAUACUAACAUUAACCUUACAAUAUGCAGCACCAUCAUUGAAAAGCGUAUAUGUUCGACUAUGGAGAAACAGGAAGGCACAUAUUUUUUAUAUUUCUAUGGAAUCCUCUCACCUAAGGAUGUUUGUGUGGUCCUUGAGUCAAACAGACCGUACUGCAGGAGUGUGGAAGUAACCCAUAUUGUUAAGCCUGAGACUCCAUUUGGCAUAAAUAUCACAUUCCGAAAGGAUGCAAACGAGUAUUUUAUUCGAUACAAGACCCCGCAUUCAAAGAAGAAAUAUCUAAAGGACAAAUUAAUACACGAACUAGCCUAUCGGCAGGAAAACGGGACUUGGGAAACAAUACAUUCUCAAUAUCUUCGGGUAAAAUUACUGGGGAAAAGCCUUCAGAUGGGUGCAAGUUAUGAAGUGAAAGUGCGAUCAAAGCCCAAUGGAAAGUAUUUCAAGGGUAUCUGGAGUGAAUGGAGCUCCUCCGAAUACUUCCAAAGUGCAGCGGAACACCCCAUAACGAAAAGCACUGACAUGGUUGUGGUUAUAACUACUGUGGGCUUCAUUUUGCUCUUUGUCACGCUUGUUCUGAUCCUAAUGUUUUGGAAAACCAGAAUCAAGCCAGUUUUGUGGCCAAAACUUCCGGAUCAUAAAAAAACUUUGGAGCAAUUGUGCAAGAAGCCAAAAAAGAAUUUUGAUAUAAGCUUUAACCCGGAAAGUUUUGGGUAUGUUCAUAUUCAUAAAGUGGAUGGCAUUCAAGCCAAAGCAGAAGUGGAAUGUUUUCUACAGCCAUCAGCUCCUCUAGAUGCAGAUGUUUCAGAAAAAGUUUGCAAUGGAUCAGAUAUGAAGACGAGCCUCUCUGCUGUAGACAAAAGCAUCCUAAAGCUUCCUGUGACUUAUGGAGGAAUUUGGCCAUCUGACACGUUGAGUGGGCACUUAUGUGAGACUCACCUUUCCAUGUUAAAUGAAUCCAGCAAUGGCAUCCCCUAUAAAGUGUGCAGUAGCAAUGGUACACAACUAUAUAAUUGUGGUCCUAUGACCCAUUCCAGCUCUUCAGAGGACCCCACUGUUCAGCCCAGAUCAGGACCCCUAAAUACCAACACAGUGUCCCUAAUACAGCCCAAUAAUGGAAUUAGGUCAUCAAAUAAAGACGAAGCAUAUGUCACAAUGUCCAGCUUUUGCAAAAAUCAGUAAACCUCAAAAACCAUAGGAACAUAGGAUUUGCUGUAACAGAGCAGACUAUUGGUCCUUCUUGUUUGGGUCUCCUGCCUCUUGCUGGUUGAUUCAGUGAAUAAUAAAUUCAGUGAUAAUGUACCUAUCCCCAUUUUGCAAUGCUGUAAUCAAUGGGGAUGGAUUUUUCUUGGCCUCCAAGGACAGUGGACCAAAUUCCAUUCUCAAUUACAUCAGUGCCAAUGUGGAGUAAAUCCAGUGUAACUGAAAACAAAUUUAGUUCAGUCGGUUUAAGACCUUAAUCAUGGGUGGUAAUUAACCUAUAACAAUAACAAACUAUUAAAUUGCACUUCUCUACUGCCCUCUAUCCAAGCGUCGGUGAGUGCGUCAGAUUCGUUAACGCUCCUAUCGCCAUCUCAGUUUACGCAGCUACAGAUUUUGUUAAUGGUCAUAAAAUCCCUAUCAUGAAACAUGGCUGCAAAGUCUAGAUAGGUUAAGUAGAUUCUGAUCUCACUUAAACUGGGGUGAAUGAAUCUGGAGUAACUUGGCUGAAGUUAGUGGCACUAUACCAGGUGUUAAAAAACAGAAUAAGUGAGAUCAGAAUCACUUGUAUUAGUUUGGGAUUCAGGAUCUGAGCUUGGUAACUCAUUCCCCAUCAAGCACUCAACUCCCAGGGGAAAGAGUGCUCACACAGCAUCUCCUGCUAAUGAGUGCUGAUACACUCCCAAGAUAGCAGCACCCAUCCUACCACAGCAAGGGCUGUGCUGAUGCACGGCAUGUGAGACUGUGUACAAUAAUGAGUAAAAAUAGAUGUCUUGGUGCUCAAAGGCUGCAAAUAGAUCAGCUAAGCCUGCAGCUUGUGUGUGUAAGAGGAUAGAAGGUGGAAGCAGAAGGCCGGAGGGAACCAGGGCCAACAAAUGUAAACAGUCUCAUAGUGGUUUUAUGUAGGGAUGGGACCCCAACAACCUCCCCUGGACACUGGGAAAGUUCAGACCCAGAGCCAAACUUAGCAACUCAGACCCAGAUGCCAGUUUGCUGUAUUUUCUGUCUUCAUUACUACUGCAUCAACAGUUUUUAUUGGACAAAACAAUGGGCCAAAUCUGCAGCUAGUGUAAAUUGGCUUAGCUCUGUUAACUUCCAAGGAUCAAUGCUGAUUUGCACCCACUGAGGGUGUGGCUUAUUGCUCCAUGCCUAGGAGAUAAAAAGGUACCUGGGGAUCUGGUCCCUAGGGCCAAUUAAAACACAACUACAAAAGAUGCAGCAUUUCAGCGCAACCAAGUCACUGUCCUAUUUUUUAACAAUCUAAA